UUAUAUUAGUGCACAAUUGUAAAUGGGCGCAAUCGUGAACAAAAGCAUGAGAUGAGCUGCAAGCGGCGUAUAGACCGCAAGCGCCCUGCCCAUCAUCAUCAGCAGCAAAGUUGUCGUCUGCUUCGCGUCUCCCAUUUACAAUUUACGCUCUUCUCUCCGCAUUAAGUCGCUCGUUUUGAUUUUAACAUAAAUGCGUACGGGGGCAAAAAAAGGACCAACAACAGUAACAAGGCUAAGCAACAUCAGAGAAGCAGCAGCAGCUAAACAAACAAAAAAAAGAGAAAAAUUUUAGCUACAGAAAAUAAUUUCAACAAUUUUAAUUUCAAUCAAAAAGCAAUAAAACGUCAACGAAGAAAUUGAGAGCAAACCACCCAGUGGAGAGAGCGAGCGGAAAACGGCGCGAACAGCUGGCAAGCGAAGAAGAAGAAGGAGACGAGCAAGCAGCAAGAGACGACCAGGAAUCAUCAACCAGGAAGCGACACAAACACAGUGUUAGGUCAACAAAUGGGAACCAAUUCGGGAGCCACCGCUGGCAUCAACAAUAAGCCGGUUGGCGGUGCGGGUGCCGGCGUUCUCGGCGGUGUCGGCGGCGGUGCCAAUUCCUCAAUUGGCGGCGUCCUCUCCAACAGCUUGGGUGGCGGUGGCGGUCUAAGCAUCAGUGGCCUCAACUCUGGUGGACAGAACGCGAAUGUUGGUAGCUUGGUCACCGGCAUGGGCAGUGGCAACAACAUGAACGACGAUGGCGGCAACGGCAUGUCCGGCGGUGGACCAAAUAAUCAGCAGGCCACCACGCCCCAAUACACAAUACCAGGCAUCUUGCAUUUCAUACAGCACGAGUGGUCUCGCUUCGAGCUGGAGCGCUCACAGUGGGAUGUGGACAGGGCCGAGCUGCAGGCACGAAUUGCAAUGCUUUUGGGAGAGCGCAAAUGUUUGGAAAGUCUCAAAUCGGAUCUGACGAGGCGCAUCAAGAUGCUGGAGUAUGCCCUGCGCCAGGAACGGGCAAAAUUCUAUCGAUUAAAGUACGGCACCGAUCCGCCGCAACUGAACGAGUUUAAGCCGACAAACGAGGAUUCUGGCCUAACCGGUGACGUGGCCACCGAUUCCGAAGUGCCCUACAGCUCUGUGUCGAACACCACGUGGCGGCAGGGCAGGCAAAUGUUGCGCCAAUAUUUGGCCGAGAUCGGCUACACAGACAACAUCAUCGAUGUGCGCUCAAACAGAGUACGCUCGAUCCUGGGCCUGAACAACAAUGCGGAGCACGAUGGCAGUGGCGGUGGUCUUGGCACCGGCGGCGAGAAUCUCAGUCCCAACAUAAAUGGCAACGAGAGCAACAAGCGGGCCUCGGACACGGAAGGCCGUCAUACUCCCGCUAAAAAACAAGUGCAACAAGCGUCCGAUGGCAUCAUCAUUGACACCGAGGCGGCGGUAAUGGCGAACUUUGAGUUCCUUGGCCCCACAGAGAUGUCCGACGAUGAUGAGAUAUCCGAUGAUCUGGAAAUGGUGGCCACCGACAGUGAUGACACGGACGUGAAGCUGGCCAAACGGGCCAAAUCUGGCAAGGAAAUGCUGACUGAAGAUCUUGAGGCCGAGGUGGGAGAGCAGCUCUUGAACGAUAUGAAUCUUAUAAACGAAGAAGUGGACGGCUCAUUGGGACUGGGUGAGUUGGCCCAACUGACGGUGAAUAAUGAAUCGGAUGGAGCGUACGAUUCGAAUGCCAAGGAUGGUACUGGCGGCAGUGCCGGCGGUGCUGGUUACCGCAAGACCUGGAAUGCCAAGUAUACGCUACGCUCCCAUUUUGAUGGCGUUCGUUCGCUCAUUUUCCAUCCGGAGGAGCCAGUGCUGAUCACCGCCUCCGAGGAUCACACGCUCAAGCUGUGGAACCUACAGAAGACGGUGCAAGCCAAAAAGUCAGCUAGUCUCGAUGUGGAGCCAUUGUAUACGUUCCGCGCCCAUACGGGUCCUGUCUUGUGCCUGGGCAUGUCAACCAGCGGCGAGACAUGCUAUUCGGGCGGCCUCGAUGGCAACAUCGAGUGCUGGCAGCUGCCAUCGCCCAAUAUCGAUCCCUACGACUGCUACGAUCCGAAUGUACAUUCGGGCACCCUCGAGGGUCACACGGACGCCGUCUGGGGGCUAACGACAAUGCAGAAUAAUAUUGUAUCGUGCUCGGCCGAUGGCACUGUGAAAUUGUGGUCGCCCUUCAAUAAGGAUCCAAUGCUGCGUACCUACACGGCUGCCGAGGCGGAGGGUGUACCAUCGUCCGUGGACUUUGUGCGAAAUGAGGUGGAUCACAUUGUGGUGGCGUACAACAGUGCGCAUUGCAUCAUCUACGACACGGAGACGGGCAAGCAGGUGAUCAAGCUGGAGGCGGCACAGGAGAUGUCGGGCAAUACGGGGAAAUUCAUCAACAAGGUGGUUUCGCAUCCCACACUGCCCAUCACAAUUACGGCGCACGAGGACCGGCAUAUUCGCUUCUGGGACAACAACUCAGGCACUCUGGUGCACUCAAUGGUGGCGCAUCUGGAGCCGGUCACAUCGCUGGCCGUGGAUGCACAUGGUCUGUACUUGCUAUCCGGCUCGCAUGAUUGCUCGAUACGGCUGUGGAAUCUGGACAAUAAGACGUGCGUACAGGAGAUUACAGCGCAUCGCAAAAAGUUCGAUGAGAGUAUAUUCGAUGUGGCAUUCCAUGCCACCAAACCGUAUAUAGCCAGUGCCGGGGCCGAUGGCCUGGCCAAGGUGUUUGUCUAAGAGACCACACAGCCGGCCCGGCCCCGCCCCGCCCCGCCCUCAGAGAAUGCAGAAUCCAGAAUCCACAGCCAGAAAGCAGCUCCACAAGCAAAGCGAUUACGAGUUCGAGUUAAAUAAUUAUACAUACAUUAUAUAUAUAUAUAUACUUAUACAUUUAAAUCUAAUUAUACCACACGAAAAGAACAACCAACAACAACAACAAAAAACAAAAUUAUGCAUAUACAUUAACUAACAAAACAAACAAAUUGCUAUAAAUUCAAUAUAAUAAACGGCAUUUCAAAGUAGCAGAAGAGCAAAGCAAAAGUCAAGUACGACCAUGAAUUGUGUGUAAUCUAGGAAAGUAAUUCUAAAGCAAUGCAAACAAAUUGGCAUAGAUAUAACCCUAACCCUUCCCCCUCCCCCCAUAGACAGUAUAAGUGCAACAAAACAACAAACAUCAUUGAACAUUAUGUAUUUGUUAAUAACACACACACACACAGACACAACAAAAUGAUGCAUUAUAGAGAAUAGUCGUAUGUAAACGCCAAAAGGAAUUUGAUGCUGUUUGAGAUAAACUCUGCAAUAUUGAUUUCCUUUCUAGGGUUUUAGUUUUAGUCGUAUAAUUGGUGGGCACUUGCACAGCGAUUGUUUGAAAGCUAAUUGAGAGAGAGCGGCCCUGCCUGCUUCAACUUCCUGUACAUUUUAUAUAUACAUAAAUAUAUAUAUGUAUAAAUUAUAUAUUUAUUAUUGUAUGCCCAUGGCAAAAACCGUUCGAUAGUGGAUAGUUUGAGAUGGCUAAGCCUUUUCUUAAAUAUAGGCCACGCACGGUCGCUGUGCAAGUGCCACUGGAACUCACCCUCACCCCUGUAGAGUGGAAAAACAUAACGCAAAAAAUGUAGACGAUCAAAUUUUGUAGUAUUAAAAUAAGCAUAUUGCAUUAUGACCCACAAACCAUACUAUAACACCCGUAAAACCUUAAAACCCAUAUUAGCUGGAGAGCGAAAGAAAUUUGUAAAUUAACAUUAAUUAGAGGGGACAACCAAGAGAUGAGGGAUAGAGGCGGAUAUUUAUUUCAAAAACCACGCAAGAAAACAAACAAUACAAAACUUUAUUAAUUACUAAGUGCAACAUAAAACAAACAAAAAACAAAAACUGCUUAUAUAUUCUAUAUGAUUUCCGUUUUGUCAUUAAACGAUGGGAUGCAAUGCUUGAUUGAGUAUGGGGGAAAAGAUGAUGAUAUAUAAUUGAUAUACAAAAUAAUUGCAGGCAAGCUAUAAACUGUGUACGCUAAGCUAUUUAUUUAAUUUAUGCCUAGUAUUAAAGUAAACAAACAAACAAAACAAAACAAAACAAAAAAAACAACAUCGUGUCGCCUGAUUUCGUAGUUGAAAUAUAAAUUAGAAAUCGCUUAUCGAUGGAAUGCGUACCGUACUCGUAAUUUUAAU